GAUUCUGUGGUUUUAUUAAAGGCACAGACAGAAACCUUCCAGUUCUCCAUGAGCGGGGAACGAAGGAAACGGACCAAAAGCCGCCCUGACGAGCCGGGCGAGACUCGGCUGCCGCCUGCCGGCUGCGGGAGCGAUGGGCCGGGGUGGAGCCGGGCGCUGAAGGGGGCGCCUUGCUGUGAGGGGCGGGGAUUCGGGAUCCGGUUGGCGGCUGUGGCGGCAGCGCGGGGCGGCCAUGUCGGGCGCGGCGAUCGGGAAGGCGGCUGUGACGGCGGCGGCGACGACCAGGCCGCGGCGGAAGGUGCUGAGCGCGGAGGAGGCGGAGCUGUUCGAGCUGGCGCAGGCUGCGGGCAGCGGGCUGGACCCGGAGGUGUUCAAGGUGCUGCUGGACCUGCUGCGCAUGAACGUGGCGCCGCUCGCCGUUUUCCAGGUGCUGAAGUCCAUGUGCGCGGGGCAGCGGCUGCCGGCGGCCUCCGAGAGCGCUGCCCCCGCCGCACCGCUCCCCGACAGCCGAGGUAGGGGCCGAGCGGCGGGCCCGACCCUCUGCGCGUCUCCCCCGGCGUCCCCCGAGGACCCGCCCGCCUUCUUCUCCGCCCUGCGGCCCCCGCGCUUCGCCCACCAGCCGCCCCGCUGCCUCUCGGCGCCGCCCGUCGCCCGCGCCGCCCCGGGGCCGCCCGUCGGCGCUCCGGCGGCCGCUCCGCAGGGCCGGGGGCUCAGGGCCGCGCGGCGGGGGCUGCGGCUGCCGGCCCGGGGGGCGGCCCCGAGGGGGGCGCGGGGCGCCCGCUCCGUGUGAGGCGCCGGGCCCGGCCCCAACGCGGCUCCUCGGGCCGUGCCCGGAUCCGCAGUGGCGGAGCCCUCGCUUCUCUCGUGCUGAAGGCCGCAGCGCGGAGGGGCGCGGGCCCAACCGGCGGGUAGAGGCCGGGGAGCGGUGCGUGCGCUGGCGGGUUGCACGGUGCGCUUCGCUGCUCCGCGCUGCAGCCUCCGCUGUGGGGCCGGGCUGGAUCGCUCGGCUGUGCGGACGGAGGAGGCCGAGCUGGAUGCUGCCCUUGCGUUCUGUCCUCCCUCGCUCUCGGUGUUUCUGAGAACUGCCAGGUGUGACCCGUGCCCUGCAGAUGGGCGCCUCCUUCCUGCUGGAGAAGAUGCUCUCGGGUGCAGGUUGCCCGGUGAGAGGACACUGAGCAGCCUCCUGUGUGUGGCUGAGGGGUGACUUUAAUAUACACAGGGGAAAAAGAGGACGACUUCUUGAGCCAAGUGAGGGAGGUACAGCAAUUGGAUGUUCUUCUAGUGCCGGGCCACUGCUGCGAGGACAAACUUGGUCUGCCCUUAUCACUUGCCUCCUGUCAGCCUGAGGUGCUGAAAUGUAUUAAAGAAAUAGCAAACUUCCAGGGGUUAGUGUCAGUCUUGGGGCCUUCAGUCAGUUCCUUCUCCAUCCAUGCAGGAGCAUCUUCUGCUCAGGUGCUGCCUGCUCUCUGUGUCCCUGUGCUACCUGCCUUCCAGGCUUGUGUUGUUCCUUAAAACCAACACAUCAGUGUCCUUGAGUAUGUUGUACUGAGCUGGUGAAGUGCAGGGGAAGCUCAGGCACUAGCUCUGUUACUUGAGGGAAAUACAGUAUUAAAUUGGUCUUUUGUGUGUCUCA